GGACAGCAGCAGCGAGAACACAAAAGGACAGAGAUGGACAGCAGGACUGUGUUAGGGCACCUGCUGGGGGCAGCUGUGGGUCUCCUGCUUCUGCUGCAGAGCACACAGUCAGUCCACAUCAAGUACCAAGGCUUCGAGGUCCAGCUGGAGUCGGUGAAGAAGUUGAGCGCCCUGGAGGGGCAGCAGGAACCCAGCCCUCACCUGCAAACCAAGAGCCUCCUGCCCUCUGUGUGCCACCACCCAGCUCUGCCCCAGGACCUCCGGCCCAUCUGCACCUCCCAGGAAGCUGCCAGUAUCUUCCAGACCUUGAGGACCAUCGCCAAUGAUGACUGUGAGCUGUGUGUAAAUGUCGCCUGCACCGGUUGCUGAGAUGUCCCUGGGAGCCUUGAGCUCACCCUGGAUGCCUGGCCCCUCACACUCAAGCAGAGGCUCCUGGCCACUACAGUCGUCACCACCCUCCCAGGCCAGAGCAGCUCAAUCAGGUGCAAAGCAAUGGGACACAAGAUUGAGAAGCGUUUGGCCCCCAGGGUUCCCUGCUCCUGAAUAAACUCUCCAUUCACAUGGA